ACCUCCCGGCGGUCUAGAGCGACCCCGACCGGCGGUGGCGGCCUAAGGGAGCCGGGAGUCCGGACUGGACGGCCGCCCGGCCCACCUGGCCCCUCGGUGAUGGUCUUUGUCCUUCCAGGGCAGGCAUGGAGAACCUCUCGGGCCAGCAGGCAGCAGGAUCGCCAGGCGCCCCAUUUCCGUCUUUGGAGCCCCACUCCGAGGCGGUGUCCCCAGAGCCUCAAUUCAUGCUGGAGGACACUGACAUGGAGCUGGGACCCACUGGGGCUCCACCUGCUCCCCAGGUGCCUGCUCUUCCCUGUGAGGGAAGCCCAGGAGACCAGGCAACUGCACUUCUCCCAGCCAGGUACCAGGAGUUUGUGACAUUCGAGGAUGUGACUGUGCACCUUACUCGAGAGGAAUGGGGCCGCCUGGACCCUGUGCAGAGGGAUCUCUACAGAGAAGUGAUGUUAGAGAAUUUGGGGAACGUGGUCUCGCUGGGCCUACUUCUUCGCCUUCCCACUUCGCGGAUUCAUAGUGUGAAUUCCUGCCCGGCCCUGAGUCAGACCCAGGCAAGUGCUUUCUCUGGAGAAACACUUGCAGUUCUUGCGGCGGGAAUCUCCAAGAGAUGGCCCAGGUAUCGACUUCCCGGUGAUACUGUGCUCCCCUGCGCGGAAACAUCCUUUCCACGAUUGUGAGAUUCCAGACUUGCUGGACGGACUAGAUGCCCCCACAGGAUAUUAUCAGCAUGUCACAUUGCAACUGCUCAGAUGGCCUGUGUCACGUUUCUGACGGGCCAACGAAGCCCUCUGAUGCCUUUUGAACCCAGUUCAUUCAGAAGUCAUGGUUGGUGGUUGUCUAC